UUUCACCGGCUUCUAUUCAAAUUGGAGAGAAGAGGAGAGUCCAUAAGGAGGGAGGGGCAACGGUAGUACCGCACCCGCUACUACUGUACAGUUCGUCUAUCUCGACCGCUCGCGCUGAAACCCUCGCUUUCCAGAUUCAAAUCCAAAACUCAAAACCCUAAUACAAAUUUGUUUCCCAAUUAUAGGCUUUCGACACGCAUCCAAGAAAAAAAGAAAAUUACUCAGAAGAAAGAGAAAAGAUUAGAAAGAAGAACCCUAGAUUAGGGUUUCAAUGGCAUCAGAGAAGAGAGCGUCGGAGGGCAUAGCCUUGCUCUCCAUGUACGGCGAUGAAGACGAUGAAAUGGAAGACAUCGAUGAAGAGGAGGAAAAUCGUUAUGAAGAGAAUAUUCCCGCUCCCGAGUCGGAUGCCGUUACCAUGAAAGAUAACGAUGGCGUUAGUGAUUUUGGCAAUGAAACUAUGCCAGUGGAGCAGGAAGAGACAGGUUUGAUUGACAAUUCUACUCCUAAUAAGACCUUUAAUUAUGGUACUUCUUCGGCGUCUGCAACUCCACAGCUAUCUCUCUUUUCGCCUCAACAGCAGCAGCAACAACAAGCAGUUGGUUCGGAUUCGAAUUCUCUUCAGAGUCAAAAGAAUCGACUAACGAUUGUGGAUUAUGGGCAUGAAGAGGGCGCGAUAUCUCCAGAGGCUGAGGAAGGUGAAAUCUUGGCGGCUGGUAGAGUAAUGUAUGGGGAGAAGCUCCAAGCUGGUGAUGGUGAGUCCCGAGAAAAGAAAUCACCAGGAGUUGCGCGGCUCCCAACACCUAGCACUCAAGCAACAUCCCCUCGAUCGUUGGAGCCAAAUGAUCAGCCUGAAUUAGAAGCGAUGAAUGCUAAAAAUGAAUCAGAAUUAACUGAGAUUGAGGAUGCUGUUAUGGUUUCUAUUGAAGAGCAAAAAGAUGUUGAUCCAUUGGACAAGUUUCUUCCCACGCCUCCCAAGGGCAAAUGCUCAGAUGAACUGCAAGAGAAGAUUAUCAAGUUUCUUGCACUGAAGAAGACAACUGGAAGAAGCUUCAAUGCAGAGGUGCGUAACAGAAAGGAAUAUCGCAACCCUGAUUUCCUGCUGCAUGCUGUGACCUACCAAGAUAUUGAUCAGAUAGGAUCUUGCUUCAGUAAAGAUGUCUUUGAUCCUCAUGGAUACGACAAAAGUGACUUUUAUGAUGAAAUAGAAGCUGACAUGAGGCGAGAAAUGGAAAGAAGGGAGCAAGAAAGAAAGAAAACUCAGAAAUUAGAUUUUGCUUCUGGAGGAAUACAGCCAGGAAAUGUUGUUCCUACACCAAAGAUCAGCAUGCCAACUCCAGGAUUGACUGCUGUUGCAACUGCAACUUCAGAUGUUACAGCUCGUGAUGGUAGACAGAACAAGAAAUCAAAGUGGAUGUUGAUCAACGGAAUUCUCUGGCGACAGGAGGGCAAGAAAAUCUGUCUGCUGUCGGUGCUCAUGCAGCACUUCUCUCUGCUGCUAAAGCUGGUAGUGGAUACUCAGCGUUUGCGCAACAGAGAAGAAAGGAGGCAGAAGAUAAGCGAUCUAGUGACAAGAAGUUGGAGAGAAGAUCAUAGAGUUGUCCUUCUGAUGUUAAACCUUGAGGUCGGUACUAGCAUAGCCACUGACAUGAAGAUCAAAAGAGUUGCUGUGGCCGGGAUUUUAAGCUUGCGUCCUGUGUUGAGGACACACACUGUAGACAUGGCUGUAUAUGAGGCUUAUUUAGAUAACAAUAUUAUACCUUUCAAGUCUUUUAGCAGCCAAAGUGUACUUCUUGAUCGUAGGUGCUAUAAAUUGUACACUAAUGGUGAUCCACGUAUAAUGAAAUGCUUGAUGUUGUAUUUUCUUAAAGCAAGAUGUUUGCUUAAUUUUUUAACAAUGGCAGAGUUUGCUGAUCAGGAACUUUCUUGAUUCAUGCUUUUAAAA